GUUGAAGAAUGGAAUGGAAGAGUUGACACUUGAUUAUUUUACUUUCUUGAAUAUCAGCUCUUUCAUAGUUAUUUGUCAAUAAUAAGACAGUGAGAAUAAUCCUUUUUGCAAUGCAUCAGCUGGCCCGCUGAUGGUGGGAUUGUUCAGAUGAUAAAGAAGAAUAAGCUGCUUCCUAGGAUGUUUGCGGAUCAGCUAAGGGUGUACAUGGAAAAGCUUCUGCUUUAAUUUGUCACAGUUAAGUUUUCUUCCCAGGUUGAUCACCUCACUAGGAGAAAAUUGGAAUAUGUUGUGUCUACAAGUUUGAGAGAGGUGGAAUGGUGGGAGGUCAAAGAAAUAUGGCGACUUAUUAUUCAUGGGGUUCAACCAGUAACGAAAGAGACUCUCCACUCCCACUAAUGCCACAUCAUCCCUCUGAUCUUCUGAUGAUGAAUGUUACCCCCAAUAUCACAGAUGCUCACUCUCCUUCCAUUGAGGAGCCUUCCGACACUUUCAAUAUUGAGCAGUAUGAAAAAGGACGACAACUAUCUCUCAGCUUGGUCAUGCAAGUUCCAUCAUCAUACCGUGAUGACCACCAGUUUCAGGGUGGCUCAUACUACAGUGAAAAUAAAAAUAUUGAAUAUUUGUCGUUUGAUUCAGCUGGCAAAUCUGGUGCCAUUGACAACCUCAGACAGAUGGAUUUUAUUAGCACACGUAUACAUGAAGCAACUGACAUAAAUGAUUCCAAAUAUCUAAAGGCUGCACAGGAUUUACUUGAUGAGAUUGUUAACGUCCAAUCAUCAUCCGCUACAACAAAACAACAGGACAGGCAGUAUAUUUUUUAUUCAUUUGCAGAAAAUUUGUCUGAAGAGGAGGCUUCUGUUCUUAUGAUGUCAUCCAGCUGUGCGACGGACAUAUCAUCUGCAAAACGAUGUGAUCUAGAUAACAAGAUGAACAAGCUCUUGUGGAUGCUAAAUAAGGUGGACAUGUCAUACAAACAAUAUUAUGAACAGAUGCAAAUUUUAGUGUCGUCCUUUGAGAUGGUGGCUGGGAGCGGUGCUGCUAGACCAUACACAUCACUUUCUUUCGAAACAAUUUCCCGCCAAUUCCGUUGCAUUUGUGAUGCAAUCAAGAAGCAGAUUCAGGCUACCCGAGGGGAGGGUCAAGGUGGUAAUGGUGAUGAUGAUAGCAAUACUAGCCAAGGAGGAAGAAGGUUUUAUCGGCUCCGUCAAGUGGAUUACAAGCUGAGGCAACAAAAAUUGCUUCAGCAAUUUGGUGUGAUGAGACAACCUUGGAGGCCACUAAGAGGCUUGCCUGAAAAUGCUGUUUCUAUACUCCGUGCUUGGCUCUUUGAACAUUUCCUCCACCCGUACCCAAAAGAGACAGAGAAAGUAACACUUGCGAGACAAACAGGCUUAACAAGAAGCCAGGUGGCGAACUGGUUCAUUAAUGCACGUGUCCGCCUUUGGAAGCCCAUGAUUGAAGAUAUGUACAAGGAGGAGGUCGGCGAUACCGAGGCAAACCUCACAAGUUCUUCAGAACGAUUACAAGCUGGUAAUUAAAGCUGAUCCAAAGAUGAAAUUCUUUUUCAUCAUGAUAUCGAUCGUUUGUUCUGCUAAAUGGGUGAUGAGAAGCAUUCUUGUAGUUUAUAUUGUCUUGUAACACAAACAUUGGUAUAGUUUUCAAUUUUUCAUUGGUAUAGCAAUAGCUAAGUGUAUAAGUGAAAUACUAAUACACUACUGUAGUAUAUUUUGUUGGACUGGCAAUAAAAGAUUUGAAUUUUGCAGAAAGUUUGCACCU